ACGACAACUGACAAUGCCUGAACCAGCAAAGCCCGCGCCCAAAAAGGGCUCCAAGAAAGCCGUUUCUAAGACCGCCGUUAAGGGCGGGAAGAAGCGCAGAAAGUCUAGGAAGGAGAGCUACGCCAUCUACGUGUAUAAGGUAUUGAAGCAGGUCCACCCCGACACCGGUAUCUCAUCCAAGGCCAUGGGAAUCAUGAAUUCUUUCGUCAACGAUAUUUUCGAGCGUAUCGCCGGAGAGUCGUCUCGCCUGGCUCACUACAACAAGCGAUCAACCAUCACCUCCAGGGAGAUCCAGACCGCCGUCCGCCUGCUACUCCCCGGUGAGCUGGCCAAGCACGCCGUGUCCGAGGGAACCAAGGCCGUGACCAAGUACACCAGCUCCAAGUAAACUGCCUCUUUCAAAUUCACCCCAAAGGCUCUUUUAAGAGCCACCCACUGGUCUCUAAAAUUGAGGAAAGUCCAUCAAAUUUGCUUGAUUGUCGUCCUGUAUUAUAUAUGAACCAAGUACAAACCUCCGUGAACAAGGACAGGUUAUUCUACUCAUCUAUACAGACAAAACUUUAUAUUCUUUCCCGACACCACCUUAUUAAACGCCAUUGAAUUGCUCAGAUUUUUUUGCUCUCCCUGUAUGAUGCAUGAUAGUGGACCACGCCUAAAUAGGAACCGAUUGCGGUGCAACAACAACUCGAUAACAAUGUAUGAUGAACACAGAUGGGCCACUACUAUCAGUGCAAUACUAACAUAUCGAUCCCUAAACAGCGACUUCCAAGAGAGCUUUACAAAAGUGCAUAGGUCAUUAAUCAUAACGAGAUUGCCACAAAUAAUUGCCAAUGUUAAGAACCAUAUGAGCAUGUAGUUACACAAGUUACAAUUAAACAUGAACCUCAAAAAGUGCAAGUGUACCUACAACGGAUGAAGUCCAUGUUACAACAAGCCUAAGUGAAUUAGAUAUACAGUAUUGAUACAUUUGCUUAUCAUAGAUCAUUCUUUCAAUAUUCAUUAAGUGCAUACAUUGGCUGUUUUUUCUAUUAGUACUCAUGAGCCGUUGGCACCACUGUUGCAGCUCUGUAGUUUAUCUCGUGGCUGCUUAUCGGGCGAGCGACUUCAGCGCCCUGUUGAAAGGCGCGAAUUGAGAGAGAAGGAAAUAUCUAUAAACAAGUAGGACUACAAUGACGUUUAGGAUUUGAGUUGAAUGGAACUAAGUUAACACAUGGUAGACAAAAUUAAACCCGAAAGUUGAAAGUCUGUUUUCGAAACCUCUUUAAAAUAGAUGGUUACAUUGUAUUUGUUUGUGUGGAAACACCGUGAAAGGAGAGGAGAAGCCUAAAACAGAGUAGAUGAAAGCAGAAAACAAUAUUGUACACUAGAGUAUAGUAUAGUCCUCAUCAAGUAGCCUACGCAUCUAAGAUGCAAACUUUUUUUUUCAGAACAAAGAAUCAAUAACCAUGAAUGAUAUUGAUCAUGCCACCAAAAACAGAUAUAUAGUAACUAGAUAUAGUAAAUAUAGUAACAUGCCUGGCUUGGAAAUUUAGGAAGUAGAAAUUAUAGAUAUUUGUGUAUAAAAAUUAAGGAUAAAUAAUGACCUAAAGUACUGAUACUUGAAAAAUCUAUAACACACUGUCACUUUCAGCUACUGAUUGCACUAUUAGCAAUAUUGCACUGAUUGUAUCCCACUUGUCUUUAGGUUAGUAUAGGU